AUGUCAUCUGACGUGGAAAUUAUAUCCGAUUUGGUUAACACUCAGAUCUUUGUGAAACCUGGUACAUCAUGGGACCAUCUGGGCCAAAGAUUGAACGAAUUGACCGGUGUUGAUGUUCAAGACAUGAAAUUGGUGAUAAAUGGCAAUGCACAGAACAGCAAGUAUUUGAAAGAUCUCAAAGACCAGAAAGUAGAGAAAAUCCAGUCCAUAAAAGUGAUAGACACCAACGAAAACAGUUUAGCAAGCCAAUUGAAAAAUGAUUUGCUACAUGCUAAUAGCGAUGACGUUUCGUUCCGAUACACCAUGGACGAUUAUGAGAACAGAAGGGAUUCUGUAUUACAAUGGAAAAAAGAUAACAAGUUAGGGAAAUUUAAUCCUGAAUACCGCUCUAAGAUGGAAGAACAACUACAACUGAAUAUCGAUAAGGCAGAACUAUUACAAAAACACGUUGGAGAAAGAUGCAGAGUACUGUCCAACGAGGAAACAACGACCGAUUCCACCAAGGUCCCCGAAAGAAGAGGAUGGUUACGAUACGUGGGAAAAGUUCAAGAGAUCAGUAAUACAGAUGUAUGGUGUGGAAUUGAAUUUGACGAACCUGACGGUAAGAACAAUGGUACAUUCCAAGGAACGAAGUAUUUCGGACCAGUAAAAAAGAAUUACGGCGGGUUUGUGAGACCUGCCGUUGUUGAAGUAGGUCCUCAAUUCACGCCAUUAGCUGACGAUGAAUUGAUGCUCACAGAUGAUGAGUUAUAG